AUGCGACUGUCAUUACGUCUUGGAAUUAAUAUACUUCCAAUGUGCAAUGGCAUAAGAUUGCUUCGUGGAACGGGGCCCUGGACAGAAAAGGGGUUAGGUGUGGGAGAGGGGUCCGCCCGCGCUUUGCAAGUGCAAGAGAGCACAAGCAGCCUGACCAGGGCAGAGAGAAAGGCUGUUAACAAAUAUUAUCCACCCGACUGGACUCCAUCGAAAGGCUCCAUCAAUCAAUAUGUGGGUCAACAUCCGUUACGAGACCGGGCUCGGAAACUUGGACAGGGAAUCCUUGUCAUCAGAUUUGAGUUGCCGUAUAACAUAUGGUGUGGUGGUUGCAACAGUCAUGUUGGGAUGGGUGUCCGAUACAACGCCGAGAAGAAGAAAGUGGGGAACUAUUACAGCACCCCGAUCUACAAGUUUCGCAUGAAGUGUCACCUCUGUCCUAAUUACUUUGAAAUUCAAACAGAUCCACAGAAUCAUGACUAUGUCAUCCUGUCUGGUGCUCGCAGAAAGGAGCAGAGAUGGGACCCCAAAGAAAAUGAACAGAUUGUUCCUGAAGAUAAAGCAACCCAGAAAAAGCUUGCCACUGAUGCGAUGUACAAACUGGAGCAUGGGUCAGAUGACAGUCAGAUGAGCAAGUCGAGGAUGCCGAACUUGGCAGACAUUGAAGACACGAAGGAGGUGCACAAAGAAGACUACCUUUUGAAUAAAUUGGCAAGACACAAAUUUAGGGAGGAGAAGAAAUUGCUUCAAGCUGUGGAGGCUAAAGACAAGGCUCUGUUGGUGAAAUCAUCACUUGACAUAGCACUGGUCAAGGAGACCGAGGAAGACAAGCGGAUAGCUGGUCUUAUGAAGUAUUCAGUAACCGAAUCAUUUGAAGAAAAGCAGAAGGAGAGAAGAAAAGCCAUUGAAAAAAGGCCUUUGUUUAAAACAGCCAAGAAACCCUCACAAGAUACAGUUGAGAAAGAUAAUAAAUCCACUUCUAAAUUGUUGGAGCUAGCAAACAGUCUCAACAAAGGAAACCCUUUUGACAGUCCACUGAAAAGAAUAACUACUGAAAAAAGACUUUUAGGAAUCAAGAAAAAGGAAACACCAAAAAAUAAUGCAAGGAGCCCUGAAAUGAACAUUUCUGAUUCUCUACAAAGUGGUGAACAUUUGUCUGCAGUAAAUAACAGCACUAGAGAUCAAACCAUAGUAGAAGCAAAUAGCACUGAAUUGACUUCAGAAACAUCCAAAGAUGUGAGUGAAAAAGUGAACUGUGAUACACCCAUCACUUCCCAGAGAGAGAUUUCUACAGAAGUCAACACAAACAAUGCUUUGACAUCACUCAUAUGCACCUAUUCUGACAGUGAUGAUGGAACCUAGCAUCAUUUAUUAAAUAUGUUCCUUCUCUUUAAAA